GUACAGGCGUCGAACUUCUUCCUUGAAGGGGUCAAUCAGAAGGACGUUAACCAGGACAUUUCCCAUCUUAUAAAAGGAUAAAGUUCCUCCAUGUAGGUCGCUGGGACUUGAGGUGGCUGUUCGCUCUCACCGUACUAACAGAUCCCUAGCCAAACAAGCCUCUGGUCGUGGGGAGGAGGAAAGGAGUGUUUCCUGAACGCUGGGUGACCUUUUUUCUCUCGUUCUGCAACCCGCCUGGACAUGAUCCAAUAAAAGAAUCCCAGUCACGUGGGAGCUCGGAAACUAUAAAAGAUAUCUACCUCCAGAGCCUAGGUGAAGUUCGGAGUCGAUCAUCCUCCUGGAAACAUGGAGUGUGCCAUCCGAGAAGCCACCAGCGAAGACUGCGAAUGUUUGAUGAGCUUAAUAAAGGAAAUUGCUGACUAUCAUCACUUGGGAGGCGAGGUAACAAUCAAUUCAGAAGUUUUAAAAGCAGACGGCUUUGGCAAGAACCCGUUCUACAAAUGCAUCCUGGCAGAGAGACCCGUGAGGAACGGAUGCCAGCAAGCCCAUGUUAUCGGCCACGCUCUGUUCUUUUUCGGAUACAGCGUCAUUCAUGGAAGGAUCGUCUACCUCGAAAAUCUGUACGUGGUGUCUGAAUUCAGAGGUAAAGGGAUCGGAAGACAGUUAUUGAGCAAAGUGGCAGAGAUGGCCCUGGAAGCCGGCUGUGUAGAGAUAAAGUUUGUGACCAUGGAGUGGAACGCCCGGGCCAAGGCUUUUUACACCCGCCUUGGGGCGCACGACACCACCGAGUCAGAGCAGUGGCAUUGCAUGGAGCUUGGGAGGGAGGGCUUGGAGAGGCUGGCGCAGAGUGAGAAGUCGCCUUGAGAGGAUCUGUGGCAAGCGGUCGGAUCCAGCCAGGAGGCAGAGAACCAGGGAAACAGCGUCGCUUGCUUUCUCUUCCAGUUUUCUUCCUUCCACCUUGUCUCUUACCCACACAUCGAAAGGAAUAUUAAAUACGUUUCUUAAAUGGUAGUCAUGUAGAUUUUGAAUUCAUGCCUGGAGACUGUACUGGAAUGGAUGCAGUCGAAUGGAUUGAGGCUGAACCCGGACAAGACGGAGGUCUUGAGGGGGGGGGCGGUCCCUCCAUCAGCGGCAUAGGUGACUCCCUUCCCUUUGGAGGGAUGACCCUCACUGGAAGGAGAAAACUAGAAACCGGGCCUUCUUGGCGGUUGCCCCUCAGCUGUGGAACA